AACAAAUCCCUCGAUUCCCCGGGUGCCCUAUUGGCAAAAUCAAUACCCUAGGGUUCUUGUAUAAUUUGACUCACUCCUGAAAAUGGAAGCCCUCUGCUUUCUCAUUUGGCGUAAACUCUAGCUCUCCAUAAAUCUGCCACUGCGGCUCUUCUUCGGUUAUCCAUUCAAACCAGGUUUCUUGUGGCGGUUAAAGGGUAUACCUUGACUUGGAUAUCCAAUGAGGCUAGAGAAGUGUUGGUUCUGUUCCAGUACGAUUUAUCCCGGUCAUGGGAUUCAGUUUGUUCGCAAUGACUGCACGGUUUUCAAGUUUUGCAGAUCCAAAUGCCACAAGAACUUCAAGAUGAAAAGGAAUCCUCGUAAAGUGAGAUGGACGAAGAAAUAUAGAGAACUGCAUAACAAGGAUCUUGCAAGGGAUACUGUCUUUGAAUUUGAAAGAAAGCGGCAGAGACCAGAGAGAUAUGACAGAAAUCUUGUGGAGAACACUCUGAAAGCUAUGAAGAAGAUUGAUGAUAUUAGAGUAAGCAGGAGAGAGAGAUUCUGGCUAAACAGAAUGAAAGUAAAGAAAAUAAAGGAGAGAAAGGAAGACCUAAAGGAGCUGGAGCAGGGAAUAGACUUGGUGAAGGCCCCUCUUGCGUUCCAAGAGGAUUCUACCUUAACUAUUCCAAACGCCAAGAAGAUGAAAGUGGUGAUCACCAAACCAGACGAAGAGAGCCAUCAAAUGGAAGAGUGAGAAGAUAUUCUUCCCUUUCAGAAAUGACACAUGUUCUCUCGUUAUACUUUGCUUGUUUUUUUUUUUUAGUUUUGGUGGGUUCUUGAAACUAUCUGGCAGUGCAAGAAUUUAAAUGUAUGAGUGAAAGUUAUAUUAAUUUCUUUUCUUAUUUCCUUUUUUAUGGUUAUUGGAUUUUUAUUUUUUUGGUUAAUCCAUCCGAUUUGAAUUGGAGACUUGGUUUAUAGUCUGAGCUGAGGUUAUUGUAUGAAUCCUUUCUGCCCCUGUUAUUCA